CCGGCGGGCGGGGAGGGAAGAACUGGGGGUCCUGCCCGCUGCCCGGUGGAGCUGUGGGAGGAGGGCGGGAGGUGCCUGGGGUAACCCUGGAAGCGGGGGUGGAACGCGGGGAAAGGCGCUGGAUCCCGGUGCAGCCGCGGGAAAGGCACCGCCGCCCCCUCCCGAGCCCCGUGAGCUGCGCCGGGGUUGGGGCGGGAGAGCCCCGCGGAGCCCCGGGGGGAGGCGGGCGCGGCCCUGCACCGGCGGCUCCCGCUCUGGACUCAAUCCCGCGCCCCGAUCCCGGGUUUUCCCGGGCGCUGGCGCCCUGCGGGAAUGUCUCGUCCCUCUAAAUCCGCCUGGCUGACCGGGCACUCGCGAUCCUGCCAGAUAAGGGCUGUGGGUCUCUAUCUCCUCGUCCGGUCGCCAUGGUUGCAUCGCAAGUACUCAGCUGCGCCUGGCUACAGAAAUUUGGCGGUCUUGUUGAAGAAUGGAGGUUUCCUGCUUGCCGGAAUUCAGUUGUGCGAUGCGCCUGGUAUGUGCCAUGUCUAGCUUCACAUGAGACCCUCCAAGAAUUAUGUAGGAAGGAAAAUCUCACAUGUAAAUCCAUUGGAAUCACCAACAGGAGUCUAAAGAGUUAUGAGGUGGAAUAUUUGUGUGACUACAAGGUAGAAGAGGGCAAAGCAUACUAUCUUGUGAAAUGGAAAGGAUGGCCAGAAUCUUCAAAUACUUGGGAACCUCGGAAGCAUCUGAACUGCCCUCUGCUUAUUCAGAACUUUCUUAGAGACAAGAAUGAGUACUUGUCUCGGGGGAGAGGAGGCAAAGCAAUGAAACUGAGAAACCACGUUAAAACUCUGAAACCUGCAAUUGCAGAUUAUGUUGUAAAGAAGGCUAAACAAAGAAUAGCUCUGCAGAGGUGGACGGAAGAACUCAACAGGAAAAAGAAUCACAAAGCAAUGAUUCUGGUAGAAAACACCGUGGAUCUUGAAGGGCCUCCUUUAGACUUCUACUACAUCAAUGAGUAUAAACCUGCUCCAGGAAUAAAUGUGCUCAAUGGAAUAACAACUGGCUGUGAAUGUGCUGACUGCCCUGCUGAGAAGUGCUGUCCAAAGGAGGCUGGCUUUAUUUUGGCUUACAAUAAACGUAAGAAAUUGAAAAUCCAGCCUGGCUUGCCCAUCUAUGAGUGCAAUUCAUAUUGUAGGUGUGGGCCUGACUGCCCCAAUAGGAUUGUGCAGAAAGGGACCCCAUAUUCCCUCUGCAUCUUCAGAACCAACAAUGGCCGUGGCUGGGGAGUAAAAACCCUCCAGAAAAUUAAAACCAACAGUUUUGUGAUGGAGUAUGUUGGAGAGGUGAUUACAAGUGAGGAAGCAGAGAGGCGAGGCCAGUUCUAUGACAACCAGGGAAAUACAUACUUGUUUGAUUUGGACUAUGACUCAGAUGAAUUUACAGUAGAUGCAGCUCGAUAUGGAAAUGUGUCCCACUUUGUCAACCACAGUUGUGAUCCAAAUCUUCAAGUCUUCAAUGUGUUCAUUGAUAACCUCGACUUGCGUCUUCCCCGAAUAGCGCUGUUCUCUACCCGGACCAUCAAGGCUGGAGAAGAGCUGACCUUUGACUAUCAGAUGAAAGGUUCAAUAGAUCUGACUUCAGACUCUGCUGAAGGUCUUAGCCCAUCCAAAAAGAGCAUCAGAACUGUCUGUAAAUGUGGAGCCAUGUGUUGCAGAGGUUAUCUCAACUGAGUUUGGGUAUCCAAAGUCACUAAUAUUUUGUUCUUUUUUUUAAUGUGUUUUAAGAAGACUCUUCUUUCACACAUAUAUUCAAGUAUUCUUACAUCUAAUCUAAAUAAGGAUGAUGAAAACAAGGUAUUGUUUGUGAUUGAAAUGGCAUUGGCCAAAGAAAGAGAUUGUAGUGUUUCAAGCCAAUACAGAACUGCUAAAGGGGAUUAAAAUUCUAGAGCAGUUGUUUAGGAAGCCGUAAAAUGGAUGCAAAGAAAACUAAAAUGUACCUUGAUUUGAAUAUUCCUAGAAUCAUAGAAUGAUCUGGAUUGGAAAGGACCCUCAAGGGUCAUCAUGUCCAACUCUUAACCCUGCACAGGACACCCCCAGGAGUCACCCCCUGCGCCUGAGAGGUCCAAACACUUCUUGAACUCUGCCAGGCUCAGUGCUGUGACCACUGCCCUGGGGAGCCUCUUCCAGUGCCCAACCACCCUCUGGGUGAAAAACCUUUUCCUAAUAUCCAAUCUAAACCUCCUGUGACUCAGCUUCAAGCUACGUGUUUUCUAUACCUUGAGAAGUCAGGAGGCAUUUGAUUUGAAUUCCAAAUCCUAGUUGACAAUUCUUUUGCUUUUUUGUUAUAUAAAGAAAAGCUUGAAGAUCUUAGCAAUAACAUUUAUGGCACGAGGGUGAGGGAUUAAGGAGAGCCAAUGUGUAAAUAAAGGUUCACAGGAGUGCAAAUUGUAAAAUGUCCAUGGAAUUCCAUGCAAAGGAAGUAAUUGCAGAAAGAAAAUUAGAGAGGCCAAAGCUUCAUUAAAACUUAACCUGGCCACUUCUUUAAAGGAUAGUAAAAAUGUUUUUAUAAAUACAUGAAUAGCAAAAGGAGGGGCAAGGAAAACCUCCAUUCUUUGUUGGACACAGUGAGGGAAUAUGGCUACCAAAGAUGAGGACAAAGCUGAGGUACUUAACUUACACCUUCUUUGCCUCAGUUUUCAGCAUUAGGACAGUUGUUCUGUGCUCAGGACAACUGGUCUCCUGAGCUGGAGUAGAAUAUUCCCCCUGUAAUCCAGGAGGAGGCAGUCAGAGGCUUGCUGAGUCACUUAGAUGCUCAUAACUCCAUGGAUCCAUCCUUGGGUGAUGAGGGAGCUGCAGAUGAGCUCACCAAGCCACUCCAUCAUGUUCCUGGGGAAAAGGAGGCUCAGGGCUGACCUCAUCUCUCUCCACAACUUCCUGACAGGAGGCUGUAGCCAGGUGAGGGUCAGUCUCCCAGGGACCCAGCAAUAGGACAAGGAGACACAGUCUCCAGGUGUGCUGGGGGGUGGUUAGGUUGGAAAUUAGGAAAGAUUUCUUCACAGAAGGGGUGAUAGGACACUGGAAUGGGCUGCUCAGAGAGCAGCAUCCUGAAGGUGUUUUAAAAAAGGGUGGAUGUGGCACUCAGUGCCAUGGUCUGGUUGACAAGAUGGUGUUUGGUUAUAGGUUGGACUUGAUGAUCUCAAAAGCCUUUUCCAGCCUGAUUCUGUGAUUCUGUAAUUGGUAUUAACAGAUCCCAAGUGUAAAACUUGAACUUCUUAGCUGAUGUUAUGUAGAAUGUUCUCAGUUAUGCUCUGAUUUUUAGUUAGGAUUCUAUAGGAGGACUGCAGUUCCACAGAGCAUUUGUAAAUAUGGAAUUGUCAGAAGUAACAUUUGCUGUUUGUUUUCAUUACAGAAAUUUGGCAGUCAUGGCUGAAAUAAGUUGCUGGCUACAGUUUGGAAAUAGAUAGCAGAAGGUUAAGGAGAGCAGCCCAUUGUCUAACAAAGCCAGUGCAGUGUGGAGAUAUGGUCUGUUAUCUGUUAGGUGCAAAAGACCCUUGGGAUUGAUGUAUAUUCACAACUGGUUUUGGUUAAACUUUUACAUACUGUGUCUUUUUUACCUAGUGACAGACUUCUAAGAUAGUAGGCUUGUAUUUUCUGGUUGCAAAAAUGCUAACUUCAGUGAAGUUAGACUAGGGGUGAGUAUACCCAUUUGCUGUAGACAUUUGUAAGAUGUUCUUGAAUGUAAAGGCUGAGAAAUGUGCUGUUCUUCAGCUGCUCGAGUCAUCUUUUGUUUUCCUGAUCAUCUUAAAGUUGUCUCAAUCUAUUCAUAACAUAUGCUAAGUUUUGCUUGGCUUCAGAACCACUGAAGAGCAGUUGAGGUGGGUGAUGAGUGGAGUUACAGCCAAGGUCCAUGCUCUAGGAAUGAUCCACACACUUUUUUCUCAUGGAUUCAGAGCUUGUAAAACUUGCAUAUUGCUUACCAGUCAUGUAAAUGUUGACAGGGUCAGGCAGAAUAAUGUUGCUCCAUAAGUGGAUGCUCCAUAGCUGGAUGUAUCAUAGGUCAGCUAGUUACCUUUAUAAGGUGCACAGCUGGUGGCUCAGGUGAAUGAAGUCAAGUACCGAGCAUGUAACUGUUUACUUAAUUUGUUAGAAAAUGCCUUAAAUUUCAUGUUAAUUGUCAGCACUUCAAAAGGAACAUUUCAAGGUUGUUUCUUAAGAAGCACAGUUGCAUUUGUACUGAAGAUCUGGCUCUUUGGUAGCAAAUGAUAUUUUAUAUGCUACUAGCCAAAAUCAGUUUUACACUUUUGGUGAAGAGCAUGGGCUGCUGGAAAUGCUGUGUGAGUUUUGUAAUCUACAAUACAGAGAUACACGUUGAAAUAGAGACUUUAUAUUGCUUAAUGAAUAGGAGGAAGUUUGCUUAGAUUUAAAAGUAUUUGAUGUGAUCAGGCUAACCUGUAUCCAGAUGAUAAAUGCUGAAUCUCGUCAGUUUUUAUCAUGCCAUAUCUCUAAUGAAUUUUUAUUUUCAAUUUAAAGUUUUAAGUGGAAUGUGGAGCUUUAACGUCAGCAAACUGCAGAUGAUCUUGCAUCGUUUGGAGUCGUUAGCGCUUUCCCUUGCAUGUCGCUCAGAUGAGCAGUGCGUUCCAUGGGAUGGAAUGUGCAGGCUCCAGCCCUUAACCCGCGCUGUCCCUGCAGGGUGGAGGCUGCGCAGGGCGUGCAUUCCCUCCUCCAGCCCCGCCUGUGCCGCGGGCACGGGGCAGGCCCAGGCUCUGUCUCCCCCAUGCCCAGUCUGAUUUAAAUAUUGCAAAGAGAUGCAUUUUAGAAGGUAACAGCUGUGGCAGUUGUACUGGAGUGCGGUACUGCCUUUUCCAGAGGCACAGAAUGUUAUCACCAGCACUGGAAUAACGCUGCUGUUUGUCAAGGAUACAUGUGUUAUCUUCUGCCAUAAAUAAAGAACUGUUCAUUUGUGUUCUGGGAGGUAGCAGUAUUUUGUAUUUAUUUGAAGGAAACCCAUGGAUCCAGUUUCCAACAGAAGAGCCUUGAACAGUAUUUUAUAUUUAUGUAUUCACAGUGUAUUUGGAUUGCAGUUAAUGAAUUACCUUAAUGGGACAUUGUGUCACUUUUAAAACUCCUUUUACUGUUUUUAUGAGUUUGGCAGAAAAUUGCCAAAUUGGAAAUGGAGAAAUAGCUGUUUUCAAUUUCAUAGGGAAGCUAAACCAGCCCAGCUUCUGCCUUUGUUUUGCUUUGUGGUCCUUUGGCAUCGUCAUGGUCACCAAUUCAGUCGUGUGUGUGCACUUCUGCCCUGCCCUCCAGCUGGUCUUUUUUUGUUGGUUCUAUUUUUUGUAGCAAAACUAAAGCUGCAAGAUCACCUGUAAGAAAAGCUAUUGUCUAUUUAUUUAAUCUCCAAGUUAAGUCAAUCUUUUGAUUAUUUUUUAAUGUAUGUUUUAGGAACUGUAUUAGAAUAUGCAGUUUGUAAGC